CUUUAUAUUUUGUUUUGAUUUCGUUUCGUUUGCUAUUGAAUACACGUGUUGUGGUAGUAGUUUAUUAAAAAUUAAAUUUUUGUUUAAUAAUAUUUAAAAAUUAUUAAUUAAAAUGACCAUACAAAUAGAUAAAAAACAUUUACUAACGUUUAUGCGUUCGGAAAAUGAAAAAAUUAUGGAUUUACUAUUGACUUUCAACGUGCCAGACUCAAUAGAAGAUACCGAUUGCGAUGCUUACCUACUGACCACCAGUAAAACAGUCUCAAAAUCAAUGCCUGCCAAACAGAAUUCAUCUUCUAUUGAUGAACUGCAAGAUCGUUUAAAUACCAUUAAAAAUAAAAUGAAAACGAAAAAGGGGCCGAUUUCGGAAAAGGCACGCAAGAAAAAAGAGGAGAAAAAACUAAAGAAAAAUAAAGAAUUCAAAAAAGUACUCGUUACCGCUGCUAAAUCCAUGAAAAAUGAACAAGCCAAACACUCUAAUACCAACCAAGAAGACGAAAUUGAAAAUAAAAAAGAUAUUAAACCUGUCAUACCCAAACCAGUGUUCAAUGAAGAAGGAAAAAUAGUGUUCUCUAAGUUCGAUUUUGCCCAGAAGAAAAAGAAUUCUCAUCAAAAUCCCCGUGAGAUUUUGAAGAAAAUCAAAGAAACCGAUAAGAAAAUUAAUGAACUAAAAGAAAUGGGUGAAACCGAAAAGGCGUUGGAAAUGAAAAAUGAAAUUGCCUGGAAAAAGGCUUUCGAUAAGGUGGAUGGUAAAAAGGUUAAGGAUGAUCCUAAACUAUUAUACAAGGCCAUUAAAAAACGUAAAGUGGAAAAUAAAAAGUCCAAGAAACAAUGGAUUGAUCGCAAGAAGAAGGUCGAGCAGGAUAUUUCUUCAAGACAGAAGAAACGCAAUGAAAAUAUUAAUAAACGUAUUAAGGAUAAACAAACUAGAAAACUUAAGAGAGCCUCGAAAAAGGGCAGAAUUAUACCUGGUUUUUAAUAAAGUUUUAGAUUUUUUAAGAAUUGGA